AUGGCCUCAGAGCAAGGGUUUGGAGGUGGUGAGCUGCGAGCUCCGAUCUUCAAUGGUGAGAACUAUGAGUUCUGGAGCAUAAGAAUGAAAUCCAUUUUCAAAUCUCAUGGGUUAUGGGAACUUGUUGAGAAAGGGAUAGAGAGCUCAGAUUCGAAGGGAGCCGAUGAAUCUGAUGCAAAGAAGAAAGAAACAGAGGAAUCGAGUGGUGUUGGGAAGAUGAUUCUCACUGAGAUCCUGAUGAAAGAUGCUAAGGAUUUGGGGCUGAUUCAGGGAGUAGUUUCUGAUGAGAUCUUCCCUAGGAUUUCUCAUGAAGAAUCGUCUCAAAGGGCUUGGAAUAUCUUGAAGCAGGAAUUUCAUGGUGAUAAGCAGCAUUCGAGGGAUCUAGAUGCGAUUGAGGUUCAAGAGGUGGUUGCCUCAUUGAAGAGCUUUGCACAAAGAUUGGAGAGACAUCAUGAGAACAAGACUGAGAAGGCUUUGGCUAGUAUGAGUGUAGAUUCCAAAUCAGCUAAGGUCAUUGGAAAUCAGAAUAGCAAGCAUCAGAAGAAUUGGAAGGAUAAGGGCAAAAAGUGGGAUAACAAACCUGCUGAUGGAGCUAAAAAUUCUUGCAAACAUUGUGGGAAAUUGCAUUUUCGAGAGUGUCGAUUCAAGGGCAAACCGAAAUGCUAUAACUAUGACAAGUUUGGUCACAUUGCAAAAGACUGUUAUAGUAAGAAACCUAUGCAGCAGCAGCUCCAGUAUGCUACUUAG